UCCGUUUUCGAAUAAAAGGAACAUUUUCCACUAAAUAUACAACAGUAGCAGAGCAAAAAUAAAUCAUGAUCUCUCAGUGUUUCCUUCUUCUUGCCUUAUGUGGCAUAUCACUCGCCAACUUGGGUUACAUGGUCGAUGACAAAUACCCAGUCUAUGAGCACUAUGCCCCAAAACCCUACAAAUUCGGAUACAGCAUCAAAGACAAACACGGAGAACAACACAGAGAAGAAUCUGGUACUGGAGGACAGCACGUUGUCGGUAGCUAUGGAUUCACCGAUGCCCGAGGAAUCAAAAGACAAGUGAACUACGUCGCUGACAAAGCCGGCUUCAGAGCCAAGGUCCAGACCAACGAACCAGGCACCGCCAACCAGAACCCAGCCGCAGUACUCAUCGCCUCCGAUGCUCCAUAUGUUGGUGGUGAAGGAUACUUGGGUGUACCAGCAGCAACUGCAGGUUAUGGUCUAGGAUACGGAUAUGGAGGCGUUGGUGCAGGAUAUGGAAAUCUUGGAUAUGGUGGAUCUUACGGUGGAUAUGGAGGUCUUGGAUAUGGAGGAGCUUAUGGUGGAUAUGGAGGAGCUUAUGGCGGAUAUGGAGGAGCUUAUGGCGGAUAUGGAGGACUCGGAUUAGGAAUCUUGGGUGGUCUUGGAUAUGCAAGAUACGGAUAUUAAACAUAAAAGUUAAGAUUUUCCCGAAUUCUAUUUCACUUGAUUGAAGUCACGUGACUUACUCUUAAAGUUAUUUCCAGGUUGUACAGCCAAUCUUUAAAAUUGUGUUUAAUAUGUAAUCUUAAUCUUUAAAGUCGUUUUUAAUUUAUAAUUUUAAUCUUUAAAGUUACUAAGCUCUAAUUUUUCAAGUGUUUUUCUUAAAUGUUUUUCUUUUUAUAUCAAAUUUAAAUCAUUAAUAUAGUAUUUUCAAUAUUAUUUACAAUCUUACUUUAAAGUCAUAUCCUUUAGUUAUUGUACCAUUCACAGUAUUUAUUCUAGGAAAGAUACUCUUUAAGAUUGAUUAAUUCUAAACAGAUUAAUCUUUAUUAAUGAGUAUUAACUGUGGAUGUUUAUCUCAGAUAACUAAUUGUGAUUUUAUUCUUUUGCUAAAUUUUAUUCUAAUUGCUAAUCUUUAUUUAGGGAAAAAAUUUCUCUCAAAAGCAGUAAUUUUAUCGUAAACUUUUAUUUCACAUUUUUACCUACGGAAAAUGGUUCACAAUUAACAAAUUGGUUUUAUAGGUGUUAUUUUUCUUAAAAACUAUUUUUCAUUAGUGAGCUUUUAUUUACCAUUUCUUAUUCCAAAGAAUUAACUUUGAAAGGAAUUUUUCUGAUUGAAAGACUCGAAAAAUUGUACUUGUUGUUCCCUUUUUUUUACUAAAUUUAAAAUUUUGUUAAGUAGAUCUGCCAUCAUUAUUUAUUUGUCUAGUGAGUAAGUCAUUGACUAAAAAUCUUUGUUUCUGGUGACUAAAAAGUUUCCUUUGUAAAUAAAUGUUUCUGAUCACAGUGUGUAACUCAAAUUGUUUCAUUGUGAAUGAAUAAAUGUUUUUGCUUUAAUAAAAAAGUUUCUUUAUUUUU